UCAGCAGAGUGACUGUGUGUAAGAGAGGUUGAGAAAAGUGCUGUGGUGACAGAGAAAGAGAACAUGCAAGAGAAAGCCAUAAUGAAGGGAGGAUCUACUCGUUCAUAACAACCCUACAGACCUCAAAAGAGUACUUAAACAUUGUAUGGAAUAAGUGGAAGUCUUUUUUGAAGGUCAUGGGAAACACACAGCCCAAUCCAAAUGCAACUGACUGUCAGAACUUCACAAAUUUGAACAACUCCACCAAAAGCGAAGUACAGAUGGUGCUGCUGGGCACACUGAUGUCCAUUCUUGUCCUGGCCAUCGUCUUUGGCAACGUGUUGGUGAUAACAGCCAUCGGCCGAUUCCAACGACUUCAGAACGUCACUAAUUGCUUCAUUACAUCACUUGCUUGUGCUGAUCUGGUCAUGGGAUUAGUGGUGGUGCCUUUCGGCGCCCUUCACAUCAUCCUGAGCACUUGGCACUUCGGCAGCUUCUGGUGUGAUUUCUGGACGGCUACUGAUGUUCUGUGCGUCACGGCCAGUAUCGAAACGCUCUGUGUCAUCGCUCUGGAUCGCUACCUCGCCAUAACAUCCCCCUUCCGCUAUCAGUCCUUACUGACCAAGAGCAGAGCUCGCGUCAUUGUGCUGCUGGUGUGGGUUAUUGCCGGGCUCAUUUCCUUCCUACCAAUCUAUAUGAAGUGGUGGACUUCUGGCACGCCUGAAGCAGAAUGUUGCAUGAGUAACGCGACAUGCUGUGAAUUUUACACCAACACUGCCUAUGCUAUCGUCUCGUCCAUAAUCUCCUUCUACAUCCCCCUGAUCAUCAUGGUUUUCGUCUACAGCCGGGUCUUCCAGGAAGCAAGAAAGCAACUGAAAAAGAUUGACAAAAGUGAAGGGCGAUUUCACGCUCAGAACAACAAUACUAAAAAGCAAAACGUGGUGAGCAGCCAUUGCGAGGUGAGGACCGCCAAGAAGCCCAAGUUCUGCCUGAAGGAACAUAAAGCUUUGAAGACUUUGGGCAUCAUAAUGGGUAUAUUCACACUGUGCUGGCUGCCGUUUUUUGUACUAAAUGUGGUAGCGACAAUGACAGAUGUGGACAACUUGACAUUCAGAAUAUUAAACUGGAUAGGCUACGCUAACUCAGCCUUCAACCCACUGAUCUACUGUAGGAGUCCAGAGUUCAGGUACGCUUUCAAGGAAAUCCUAUGCCUCAACAGGUCACGCUACCCUAACGUUAGGCCAACCAAUGGAUAUAGAUAUAGUGGGCAUAGCUGGAAGAGCGAACACCGAGGGCGAAGCAAAGGCAGCUCAGAGGACAGUGACCCAGCAGAGGGCAACUCAGAGAAAGACGGUUGCAUGUCAGGAGAUAAAAUAGACUCCAAUGGGAGCUGCAGUAAAAACCUAAUGAGUGUGUUAUAAAUCACCUUGCGAGUCCUGACUCAUUCCAAUGUGACUUCUCAAUAUGUCACAUAAGGACAGGUACGCCUCUUCUGGUAAGUGGCCAAUGGUGUGUGUGUGAUGGAAAAAAGGACAUUUUUAAAAGAUUGUUUUUUUAUCUACCUCAUUGUUUCUAGAUUCACUUUAUCGGUUAAUUUCACCAUAACCUCGCUCAAAAAGUUUAGGCUUUCAGUUUUAAAUGGAGAGAAAUAAUCAGAAAGAAUGUACUUCUAUCACAGUCAAGAUAAACGACACUUUGAACUGGUUGUUCACUAGAGGGACUUCUUUCUUCAUAGGCAUCUUGCAUGAAUUAAGGAACAGAGCUGCAGUUUAAAAGAAUGAUCUGCUUUCAUUAGAUUAGCAGAGUAAAACAGGGGUUGCCUUUUUGAAGCAAUACUUGAAAAUACUUGCAAUUUUACUUGUUACUUGGUUCAAAUUGGAUUCUAUACAAUGUAUGUUUUAAAAUUCAGCCAACCCAACACUGAAACAACACAUCUUACACACAAUGCAAAAGGAAAUGAAACCACACGGCCAUACACGUUUUUACGCAAAAUGAAACUUCAGCAAGAUUUCAGUCAGGAGACUGAUAAACUGAGCAUUCUUCGAUGGAAAUCACUUAAUAUAUCAUAAACCAAUUUAUGCACCAAACUACAAAUCUGCAAUUUUUGCCUCUUAGCAGGCUUAGUCCUGAAUGCAUCCAAAUCCUUAAUUCACCAUGGGAAUGUUUUUAACAUUUUCCAAUACAAAUAGGCAAAGUCCAACAGGCCUUAUGUGUAAAUCCCUGAGAUUCAGUGUUUAUUAAAGUCAUUAUGUGACUCCCUCAUUACCAAAAACAUUAUCUAGACUAAAAAGAUAAAUAAAUCAAGAGGUAUUGAGUUUCUUUUUAGGGUCAUCUAAUGCACGCAGUGCAAAGCAAUUUCCCUGUUCCUCACACACAUUUAAUCCACGUUUAAUCUAAUGUUCCAUGCAUAUCAUGAACUGCAUAAGUGGUAAACCAUUUCAAAACUUGUCAGUGUUGAUGAACUAUUCAUUUAUGGCAAGUGGCUCUCUGUUACUGUGCAGCCUGUCAAACACUGUGAAAGUUGAAAGAAAUUCCGUGGUCCAUAUCAAUUUGUGUGUGUGCUCUGAGGAUUUGUGACAUUUCUAUGUUUCCUUUUAAUGGAUAAAAUGCGGCAAUGCAACAAUUAUUUCUGUCCCAUGGAGGCAUUAAUGCAUCAAAGAGCAGUUUAAAACUAUAGCCUCUUAAAAGGGUGCUUUGUAAAUCUUUGACAUUUGAAACAUAAAUGAUAAAAAUAUCAAUGUAUUUGUAAAUAUUUUAAAGACUGUAGAGAUUACAAUAAUGCAGUUUUUCUGUAAACAGUGAACUACCAGAUACAGAGAGAGCGUGCAUGUCCUUUUUCAGGAUGUGAAACUGAAUGUGACAGCUUGUACAAAUUUGUUAACACUGCACCCUUCUGGGAAGGUUUUUCUCUGCAUGUCGCUCACCAUGAGAAACUCGUACCUGUAAUAUCUUGUGCUAACUGAAAUAUCUGUGCAAUCACGAAUUGUGGCAAUGCGAUCUUAUGUUGUUCUCUGUGGACACAGUUAACCUGUUGAGUAAAGUGUUUACAUUCAUAUGUUUUUGAGUUAGAUAUGGUUCACAGUUAAUGCAACCCCUCAUGAAUUUGCACCUUCAUCCUAGUGAUUAAGCAAUGCUCUGGAGUUAAUGUCACGCUACUUACAUCAUAUUGAUGUCACCUUUUACAUUUUUUCAUUGAUAGUUUAACAAAUCUGUUCAAAUUUGUAUGGUCAUAUCAUCGCCAAGAAAAAGCCAUUUUAUUUACAGGUGGUCAUACAGGUUUCCACCAUGUUGAGAUCACAUGAUCAGCCAAACAACUUUUUGUAAACCCCCUAUUAUUAGAGGCUUAAAUCAAACUAUUUAUACAAUGGGAAUUUAUACAAUGACAUUUGAAACAAAAAUGUUUGCUUUGCAAAAUGCUGCAGUUAUGCAAAUAGAUCCCAGUAUACAUUUCCAGUGUCACACUGGCAAGUGAAAUACAAACAAAAAAGAAAAAAAAUUCUUUGUGCAUUUUGUAGUCCAUCAUCUGAGUCUGUACAGCUAAAAAGGGAACAAGACAUUGUUAAAAUGUUCUGCUCCAGAAUUGAAACUGACAUUGUGCCUGCAAGGAAAUUAAAUGCCACAUUUGCAAGUAUAGGCACAGUGUGGACAGCCUCUUAUGAUGCAUGAAGAAGAUGUGAUUAAAUAUUCCCUGAAUAUUGCCUUAAUGAUAAGAGCAGAUUUCAUAAUCAUAAUGUUAAUGAACAUUGCAGUAGGCAAACGUUCUACUUCCCACUCCACAACUCUCUUAGGAAAGCUUAAUUCAUGGCAUGUGUGUACUGUAUAUAAUGUUGUUCGAUGUUUACCUAGAUUCCUUUGAGCUACUUUCGCACAAGAUUUAUCACUGUUUCGUUGAACUACAGUGAAAUACGUUCAACCAUAUUUGUCUUAGUGGUAUUUAUGAAAUACAUGUCAUGCUAUUUGUAUUAUGUAAUAAAUUAUGUAUUUAA